UAACAUUUUGUCCUCUCUCUCUCUCUACAACUCUCCCUCGUUUAUCGCAUUCUCUCUCUUAGGGUUUCAACUUCGAAAUGGAGAAUUCCAGCUUCUUGUCCUACGAAAAGCUCAACGGUAUGGCGACGUGGGUCGGCACCAGCGUGGCAUCAGCCUUCUUCGCGUCUCUGGAGCGCUGCUCCUGCAUCAAUCUGUCCACGGCCGACAUGGACGACGACAACGACGAUGGGGAGGAGGCCAAGGACCGGCCUUUGAUGCUCACCAAUGAGUCCCCGAAAAGCGACGUCGUCAAUCUUCCGGUUUGAUCGUCUCGAUCGGCGGCAAUUGUGACGCGGAAACGCGGGUUUGAUCUAGUUUUCUGUGGGUGUGUCGAAUUUGAACUGGGUUUGAUUUGGCACAUGGAUGUGUUCUUUAUCGCAAUUAUAAUGUGAAAAAAAGGUUGUUCUUGGACGAUUGUUUCAGAUUUGGUUCAAUUGUUAUUAUAAUGAUUUCAAUCUGAAUUGGGGGGUCUCUGUUGGUUCAAAAUUAGGGUUUGUCGAUUGGUUAUUCGGUACAUGGAUUUGAAUUUCAACUUGCUUUCUCUCUUUCUUCACUAUUAGGUUUUGUUAAUGGUAACUGGGGGGAAAUGAGUUGUUACUGUAUGAUAUUUCAGAUGCUUAUGGUAGGUUUUUGAAUUUGAAUUGGGUUUCUGCAUCUGUUUAGAAUCAGGUUUGUUCAUUGGCAAAUGGGUAUGUUCUUGAUUACAACCAUAAUUGGAAAAAGGGUUGUUAUUGCUUGA